AUGGCGGAACCAACAAACACGCCGGUACCGGCUUCUACACCGCGAGCAACAUCUCCAGCGCCUCCCGUCCCCGUCUUCUCCCACCCCGGCUCCCCCUACCAAACUAAGCUCACCAUGUCUUCUUCCACCUCAAGGCCCCGGGUCCUGCACAUCGGAGACCCAAUCAAGUACAACCCGGACACGUACAUCCGCUUCAUCGGCCAGUGCGAGCUCGUGAGGCCCUCUGCCGAGGAGCGGCAGCGCCCGGCAUUCAUCAAGGCCCUCAAGGAGCGCCGAUGGGGAGACUUUCAGGCUAUUUUCCGUCCCUUUUGGGGUACUGGGGGUGAGAUGGGGAAUUGGGAUGCUGAGCUGAUUGAUCUUUUGCCCGAGAGUGUCAAGGUGUUUGCGAGUGCAGGCGCCGGGUUUGACUGGGCAGACACGAAGCUCCUAGGCGAGCGAGGAAUCAUCUACUGUAACUCUGGCCUUGCAGCUGCCGAAGCAGUAGCCGACUUUGCCAUUGCCGCCAUCAUCUCUACAUUCCGUGUUCUCCCCUGGUGUAUCUCGGCAGCUAUGUCAGGCGACGAGGAGGCCUUUCAGAUCAACCACCGCGACGCAACACUGCAGUCGUAUAACCUACGAGACCAAGCUCUUGGACUUAUCGGCUUCGGCAACAUUGGCCAGCAGAUUGCAGCCCGCGCAUUUCACGGCUUCGGAAUGGACAUUCAUUACUACGAUGUACUCCCCAAGCCAGCACACGUUGUAGCUCCCCUGAGAGCCACACACCACGAGACACUCGCCAGCCUCCUAGCUAAAGUAGACUGCGCCGUGCUCUGCACACCCGCCGGAGACGGAACCCUGAUAAACGCCAAGACCCUGCCCUUGUUCAAGCGCGGCUCCCGCUUCGUCAACAUCGCCCGCGGCAGCCUGGUAGACGAAGACGCCCUAACAACAGCCCUGCAAGACAACCACAUCUCCAGCGCAGCCCUUGAUGUGCAUGCCACAGAACCCAAGAUGCACGCUGGUCUUCUAGAGUUGGCCCGUCAGGGAAGAGUGCUGCUGACGUGCCACAAUGCGGGCGGAACGGUGGACACGCACAAGGGGUUUGAGGAGCUGAGUAUGAGAAACAUCAUGGCGGUGCUUUCGGGGGGUGAGGCGAUUACGCCUGUGAAUUUGCAGUUUUUGAAGAAGUGA